AUGAAGCUGCCCAGCCUCGCCACAAUUGCAUGCCUAGUGCUCCCCGUGCUGGCCGACUAUGGGCUGUCGGAAAUGUACGAAUUGUCGCUCCCCAACUCCAUGGCAUCCGAUGACAGAUUCAAGACGCAUUUCUAUGCCUCUGGAUCUGCCGUUCUUACAAGCUCUGGGCCAGGCGGACGGUCUCAGAUCGCGCUGACCGAGCUCGGCCGACCUAACCAGCGAGGAGCCGUUUCCGGCAACCAGCCCAUCCCCUCCAAGGACUUCAUCACUGAGGUAUCUCUGGCUGUCUACGGACCCGUUCUCCCUGGAGGAGGAUUCGGUAUCUUCUUCACCCCCCAGCCCUACCAGAGCGGUCCCGUCUACGGCAUGAAGGACAAGUGGAACGGGCUUGCUCUGAUUCUGGACUCUGUAAUCGGUAACGAUGGAGAAGGCCAUUUGCAUGUCCAUGACAACACUGGUGGAGACUACGCCGCGAUGGACGCCUCCCAGGUUGAGAAGGACGCCCUGGCGCUGUGCAAGCUCAAGUACAGAAACACCGGAGCGCCUGUUAAAAUUACAACCUAUUACAUCAACGGCAAGCUCAAGGUCGAGAUCAACGGUCACAAGUGCUUUGACGAGCGGCCUGUUGCUCUUCCCGACUCUCCCUACUUUUCCAUCUCCGCUGCUUCCACCGAGGGACCCGACACUUUCGAGGUCUACUCUCUGAAAACUUACCGGGUCGACCCCAAUGGUGUUGGAGGAGCUCCCACCGAAAAUACCCCUGUUGAGCAGAAGCAGGAGGCUCCCCAGGCUCAGCAGCAACAGCAGCAGCAGCAACAGCAGCAGCAGCAACAGCAGACUCAGCAGCAGCCUCCUCAGCAGCAGCUUCAGGAUGUUGCUACCUCGGAACACAUUACUGAGCUUGCCAAGAAGCUGAUUUCUGUGGAAGAAAAACUCGAGUCGUUCACGGACCUCAAGAAGCUGUCCACUCUGUCAAAUGACCUUGCCGUGCUCACCAACCGCAUCGGAGUCAUGGAUCAGAAGCUGCGGGAAAUGGAGGUCGAGGGCAAGGAGCACGUCCGGGAGCGAACCCAGGACACAAAGAACUACAUUACCAACCACCUACAGGAAAUCAAGUCGCAGUUGCACUCGCUGACUCAGACGUUCGACUCGCAGGUUAAGAACGAGCUGCGGUCGCAGUUCACUGACUUUUCGUCCGACAAGAAAAACCAGAUCCCCUCUCUGUGGAUCCCUCUCGUCGUCAUUGUCGGCGCACAGUCGGCUCUCUUCUUCGUCUAUCUCAAGUCUCGAGGCAAAUACGAAAAGUUGCUUUAG